AAAGUCAGCGCUUGCUUUGGCAUAUCGACGCAUCGUUCCAGGCAGACUCGAUUCAGUUUUGAAACGAGCGGCGUACAGAGUAGAGGUAGCCUAACUUUGAAUCACCCCCCGUCGUCAUAUACUGUACUGUAGCAGAAACCAACCAACAAGAAUAGUGUUGUGAGAAGCUCUUCCAGUCCCAACCAAAUAAAAAAGGAAUCAGUCUGUUUUUUGUGAAACGCGAAAGUUCUCGCGGUAGAACACUGAAACUGACUGAACCGUUUUGGGAUCUCAGAGACUGACAAACAGAAUCGUUGAUUUCGCGCGUUGAAGUAUUGCGAUAGUUUGUUUUUUGUAACGUUCGUGAUUCGCUUGUUGAGCUUACCUGGCUAAUCCGUUCCGCCUCCGCGAGAUUCGAAACCCCAACCCCAGAGGUAUCACACAGAAACGCACAUCGAGCAUCCACAUUCGUUGAAAACGUACGUAGAGUUUUGUUGUUUGCCUAGAGUGAGCGUUGAAAACGAAAGUUUGUUCUGGAUUUUAGUGAGUCGGUUCAAGAGUUCACCGAUAGAACAAACUUUCCCCGCCUAAGAACGUGAAGGCAAGAGAAUUUUCAAGUCGCGAAUUAGGACCAAGUGAAAUUUUUGUUGUUUGUGCGCUGAGUGAUCGAAUCGAAUUGAAAUUGAAAGUGAUUACUGAUUUCUUUCUUUUUUUCUUUGCAGAAAAAGAAGAAGAGUGGUUUUGGUAUGCGAAAAUAGAAGAGAAGAUCGAAGCAUAAAAUCGAAAGAAGAAAUUUAGAGCAAUAGCAGUGUUAUAAUAGUACCAACGCAGUGUGAAUCGAAAAUCGUUCUUUGCAGCUUGGCAACAGAUAGUGCAUUUUCAACAUCGAGAUAACAAAGCAAUACAAAGCAAGCGUUUGGAAAAAGAAGUGAUCGACCAGUGAAUAAAUAAAAAAAAAAAACGGAGAAGAAAUUGCGUACGACAAGUGAAACGGUGCUUCCUGUCCUUUUUUUCGACGUUUCGAAAAACAAAACGAAGCGAGAAUUGACCGACCGUCAUUCGUGAUAUCGCCCCCUUUGCAAAAAAAUAAACAUCUGAAUCCUAGCAGGCGUUGAACAGAAGAUAGAAACUGCCGCCACGAUAGCUAGAAAUCCACGGAGAAUGUCUACCGCGAUAAUGCACACCGGGGCGUUCUACGACUUUGGUGAUUUUACAUUGAAGAAUCAAACAAAUUCCAGGAGCACCGCGCAAAUGACAAUAUCGACAAACAACAACAGCACAAACUCUAGCAGUAACGCCUCCAGCACCAGCAACAGCAGCAGUAGCAGUCCACUGAUUGGUAGCAAUGGCCAUCUCGCUGCCAGCAGUCAAAUUCUACUUCAGCAGAACAUCAGUGUGGCUGUAGCGCAUCAACAGCAGCAACAGCAACAGCAACACCAUCAUCAGCAACACCACCAGCAUCAUCAGCACAAUCAGCAUCAGCAGAACCACCAUAGUCAGCAUCAUCAUCCGCAUUCGCACCAGCAGCACCACAGUCACCAGCACCAGCAACAGCACCCACAGCAACAGCAGGCCAAUGCAAGGCAGCUACUGCUGCACAAUGCCCUCACCCGGACAACGUCACAUCCGGUGGGAGCUUCGGCCACUGCUUCGUCGGCCACGGCCGCCGCAACGAUGGAAUCGUUGAUGGAACUGCUGCGAAUGUCCACGGCAGCCAAUGCCGCGCUGGUGCAAUCGAACGGCGGAAAUGCUAGGGCCGUUGCCGGAAGUAACAAUAAUGUUGCGGCGGCAGCAGUGGCCGCCCUGGUGACUUCGUCAUCGGGGGGUGGAGUGGCCAGUAGUGGUGCUGGUGGUGGUGGUGGCGGAGGCCACCGAAAGUUGGAACGUACGCAGUCGGAGCCGCUACCGCAGCAGGUCAAUACCUCGAGAUACAAAACCGAGCUGUGCCGACCGUUCGAGGAAGCGGGUGAGUGUAAGUACGGUGACAAGUGCCAGUUCGCGCACGGCAUGCAGGAACUGCGCAAUCUCCAGCGUCAUCCAAAGUACAAGACCGAGCUGUGCCGUACGUUCCACAGUGUGGGCUUCUGUCCGUAUGGACCCCGGUGCCACUUUGUGCACAAUGCCGAAGAGGCCCGAAACCAUAACCGUUCGGUGGCCGCCUAUCAUGCUCAAUUGGCUGCGGCCGCUGCUGCCGCUGCAGCAAACUCCAACGGCCAAAGUCAGCAGCAGUCUUCAAAUGCAGCAGCCGCGGCCGCUGCAGCUGCCUUACAACAAGCUCAACUUCAGCAGACUGCAGCAGCCUUGCUUCAGCAACACAAGCAACAACAACAUCAGCAACAGCAGCAGCACCAACAACAACAGCAUCAACUCCCACUCAGUCCGGCCCUGUCGAUGUCCACCGGAUCGGACCGUGCUUCCCCGAUUGGAUCGCUUUCGUUAUCGCCAACGACCUCGAUGGCCAGCUUCUUCCCCGAACAGGGCAGCCCAACAUUCCCGCCGACGUCGUCGUCCGCUUCCGGUGCCGCUGGGCAGGGUGCCUUCAAUUUCCCGGCAUCGCCACCGGCUAGUCCCAUCGAUGGUGGCCACUCGCCAAUGACCACUCCUCCGCCACCUUCCCCAUCGUUGGUGAUGUCCGCCUGUCCCAGCAAGGGUGCCCAAGGAGUCGAUUCGGUUGAAGCCCGACUUCCGGUGUUCAACCGCCUCAGUUCCGCUGUAGAUGCCUUCAACAACCUGAUGAUCUAGAUCCUAGCACCUAAAUGAGAGAUAGGGAGAGAAAGAGUGCGAGAAGCGCAUGAUGAUGAUUAUGAUGGUGUGCGUGUGCCAUGCGUUGUGCGUUGUGAUAUAUGUAUUUUUUUGAGUUUUGCUUUAUACACUUGAGUAUCCGGUGAAAUGCGGUUUGUAUUGAAAGGUGGAAGAUCGGACAGGCACGUUGUGUGUGAGAGAGUGGGAGGAUUGGCUUGUGAUUAUUCUAUUUUCUGUACGCACGCGCACACACACACUCUCUCGUUUUCUUACAGAAUUUCGGAGCUGAUCGGAUCUGCUGUAAAAACAAAGUCACGCAAAAGCGCAGCACACGCACACACACUUGGACAAAUAUGCAUAUUAUUUACAUGUAUAACACCCUUUUUUACAUAUACCUUUAAACAAUACUGUUAGGGAGAGAAAGAGAAAGCGCAGUCCACUAGGGAACUGUGGUUCUCUUUUCUGGAGUUAUUAUUAUUAUUUUUGCUGCGGGAAAGUUUCAAACUAUUUAUUCAAACGGGCACGAAACACACUCAAACAAACGAACGAAUAUUUAUUUCCACAAAAAAAAAGCACACACACUAUCAUGUGUAAUGCAAUGGCACAACUUUUUGAGGGGAAGAUAUAACAAGCUGGAGGAGCAACGCGGAUUUGUAACACCCGAUACACUUAUUUAAUUAUUUAUUUUUAUAAUUAUAAAAUUUUAUUUAAAAAAAAACUAUUGCAACAACAAAAAAAGAUGAGAGAAGAAGCGAACACACACGCACACGCAUAGAUGCACGGAUCACUCACACAAACGUACAACGCAGCAGCAGGCGCGUUUUUUCGGAUUUGUUUCAAUGCUCGCAAGUAGUUGGACGAAAAAUUCUGUAGAGAACGAAAAUAGUCGAUGAUUUAGUUCAGUGUAGAGAUUGAGUUGAGUUUUGCUUCACAUCCGUGUAUUUUUUCUCGGUUAAGGUGUGUUUGUGUGUACCUGUGUGUUGUUGGCAUCAACCGAUCUACCUAAUUAGAGGAAAAGCACAAAAAAGAAACUACUAUAAGAGCAGCCCUCGUUUAGCCGUUAUUUUUUGAUAUGUAUAUUUUGGCUAGGUUCAAAAGAUCAGCGGUAAGAAGAGAAAAAAGUUACGAAGAGAGCUUCCAGUGAGAGGAUUAUAGGAACAAAAAAAACAGGACGAAUUUCGAUUUCACACAAGUAAGCUGAACAUAUUUUUUUUUUCUUUUCGACUCGGUUCGAACAACGACGUAAAUUCUGCCCUCGUGUGUUUCACAGAUUGAUUAUUAAUUUAAUUUAAUUAUUAUAUUAUCAUGCUAUCUUUAUUAUUUUUAAUUUAUUUUAUUUAUUUCCAACCCCUGUAUGCUUUACUUUCUUAUUUUAAUUGCGAAAAGAAAGCACGAUUUUGUAUGGAAACGGAAACGGAUUUUUUGCUACGAAUUGGAAAGACUCCCCUUAUGAUUUUUGCACGGGAAUUUCGUUCAGUGCAGCAACGUUUUUUUUUUAUUUUGUCGGCUUCCUAUCGCCUUGUACAAUUUUACUGAUAGCAACUCAGUCAGUCAGUCGCCUUUGGUCACCACCAGAUAGUGCCUUAUCUCUAUGUUAGUAAUUUACACAGCGCACGGCGGUUCGGUGCAGCAAUGCACACUGUCCGAAAGCGCCAAUUAAGUCAUGUACAGGAUGUCCUAAUUUUCUUCUUUUUCUUAUAAGAAAUACAUACUUUAUCAAAUCAGGUUUGUACAUUGAACGAAACAAUCUUCUUUUUUUCUAUUACACUGUAGUAAGCGCGAAUACAAAGAUAGAAAUGUGACACGCCCACAGAAUGGAACUACAAGCUAGCAUGUAAGUUAUCCUUCGAUUUUCUUAGAAAAAAAGGGUUCUCCCCCGAAACUCUUCCAACGAUUCUUCCAAGCAGGAUUAAGGAUUUUUUAAUGUUCUUUAAGAAAAAAAAACUAUAUUGGAAAUGAGAGCCACCGCAAUAUGAUCCCGAUUGGCCCCCACAUCUGGCAACCAUCCACCCAGCAGCAGUGUUGCGCGAGUUUUCAGUCUCAUUGUGAUCAUAGUAUGUAAUGACUUUUUUAAAUACGUGUUUGUUUUUGAUAAGCCUACUGCCAUCUGUGUUACUAGGGGAAGAAGAGAGUGGGGGAAAUGUAAGAAUCAGGAAGAAGAUGCGAACGACGAAAAAAGACAAAGAAGAACGGCUGGAUGCCGGCGAGGAACGGAACACGGAGAAAGGGGGCCGUCGGGGUGCGGUGCGUUCUUGGAUACUUGCUUUAAUUUCCCUUGUGAGGUUAGAUUGUAAGACAGUGACGAACAGAAGAGGGAGAGAGUCGAUCAGCUGAAAAGAGAAUAUAUUUGUAUAGAGAGGAGAAAACACUCAACACAAAUCUUCCAUUAGAGUUAGGAUAGACAGAGAAACUGAUUUACGAAGAAAAAAAUAACAAAUGAAGACAGAGAUGAUAGUAGCUUUUGGGAGUGAUGAUAGCCGAUAUGUUUGCGCAAUAUGUAAUUAUUUUUUACUGUCCCCAUAACCUCUAGAAAUCUGAAAACGUUAUUCAAAUCGAAGCAGGUGAGUUUGUCUUGGUUGAAGUGGUCUCAUGGCUGCUGAGAGUGCAGUGAUGCCAGCUGACGGUAGGUUCUCAACUUUCUGUACAGUGUCCUCGUAUACUAAAAGUUUUCCGUUCCAAAGAUGCUUUGAAGUGAAUUUAAGAAGAAAAUUGUUGAAUAGCACAUUUUGGACGAAUUGGCAACCAUUUCAGCGUUGCUGGUAAUCUUGAAGAGUUCUGACAAGUAACUGACACCCGUUUAACAAGAUGAAACAAAAAUCGACUCGAAUGAGUUGAGUCGUCAUCUAAAUCGAAUCUUCUCACUUGUUGUACAAAACUAGAUUACUCGUCUCAAACAUUAGAUGAGAAAUGUCGGUCUCGUAUAGCGAGGUGACAAUUCUCUACUCGAGUGAAGUGAUUCGCUAUGUAAAUCAAAUAGAGAGUCACUUCGCUCGAAUCGAGAAUUGUCAACUCGCUAAACGAGACCGACAAUUCUCACUUCACGCCACACGUAGAAUUACCCCUAUGUGAGGACAUUAUGUCAUCUAACUUCAUUCGUAAGAUGUGUUUAGAAAAGAGCAAAUGGUAGUGUUUUCAAUAGAGAUGACCAAGGUUUUUCUAUAGAUAGUAUGAAGUGAGAAAUCGCGGUCUCGUUUAACGAAAUGAGAAAAAUCGACUCGAAUGAGUUGAGUCGCCAUGUAAAUUGAGUCUUCUCACUUGUUAUAUGACACGAGAUUACUCAUCUCAAACAUCAAUAUCUCGCCUUAAACCAUUCGAAGAAUAAACCUAGGAAGACCAUUUGGGUGACAAGUGAAGAAGAACAUCUUUCUAGUUUCCGCUUUGAGACAAUUGAGUUCUCAUUCGAGUGGCAUUUUUUCACCUCACUAUGGUGUCUUCAGCUAUUUCAUCUCACCCUACUAGUAGAAUAAUUCCACUUGUUUCUCGUCAAUUACAGCCAAAUACUUAGGCGCAAAUCUCGUAUAUUUAUGAAUACGAAUUCAAUCUUGUAAAAUGCCCUCUUCAUGGCAUGCUACGAUUGUUUACAUCAUGUUGAAAAGAGUUCGGAUCAAAACCCGUCAGAUUACCGAGGUUCCACGUUCAACGAGUACACUAAAACAAAUUCACCCAAAAACAAUCAGAACAAUUUUCAUCUUCUCUUCGUCGACGCAUCUUUGAACAGGAUUCCUUCCGACCGAUCACAUCUCCUGUCACGUUGCCCAUGAUUUUACCGCGCUUCAAUCUCCGCGCACCCUCCCCGUUUCUCGGGGCACGCAAUGCGCCAACAAGGAUUAAGAACGAGAUCUCUCAACUGUUUCUUCUACUUAUUUAUUGCAUUAUUUGUGUGUAUGUAACUUAUUUAAUAAAUUAUACGUAAACGUUAAGUUAAUCAAUUACCUCCCACUCCGUACUUGCCCGUGUCGUACGAAAGCCCUUGACCCCCUCAUUCGUUUAGAUUUCCUGUCCGCGCACCGUUUUAUGUUAACUAUAUGUAAAACGCGAACUGCACCUCCCUCCCAUUUUUGGCGGAGAAACAACAAUCAAUCAACAAGUCUUCCAUGCAAAGUAGAUAGUCUUUAGAAAGAAAAAAAAAAUCAUGAAUGGCAACGGAGCAGAACAAGAACCUACCGAAUGCGAUGAAUCGAUUUGAAUAAUGGGAUUUCGUCCUCCAUAUUUCCCUCUUUCCCCUAUCAGUCAAUCCGAAAUGGAAUCCCCCUUAGCAGCGCAAACACUGAUAACUGAUGAUAGGAAAAAAAAAACUCUAGAGUCUGAUGUAGAAACAAUUACACUGAUGCGAAAAAAGACGAUUAAUCCUAGUAUCCCAAUAGGCGCACACAUGCAAAACCCCGAAACCAAUUAUGCUAAUAUAAUAUAUAUUUUUUAUACAACGCAUAUACAUACCUAUAUGUUCUGUGUCUUAUCGUGUAGAACCCUAUUUAAUUAUUUAUGACCAUGCGCCAACAAAAAAAAACUGAUAUUUAAACAAAAAAAAAGCCUUUCAAUCUUCCAUAUUUUCUGUCAGUGUCGUUGUCGGAACAGUGUUUAAACACACCCACACACUCUUAUCUUAUUUAUAUUUACACACACGAAAAAAAGUGAUUCUUUUCCUUUCGUUCCACUGUCCCGAUUAGCUAUUAUCAAUCAUCAACUGUAAGUUAUUAUAUUGUGAACUUAAAUGCAAAUAUUAGCACGCAAAUCAUCGAAGGGGCCAUCUACUAUGCAAUCCUGAGUUAUAAAACAGUAGUAACGAAAUAAUGAAAAAAGGAAAUGCCUACUACUAUUCUCUCUUUUUUUGCGUUCUUAUGUGUAACACACAUACACUCUGUACAUUGAGCCGGAAAUCCGCCGCGCGGGGAGGGAGAGAGAGAGGCAGAGUAGGUCAACACGGAAAUAAAAAAUCUUCUUUACUUGCAUAAUAAUUAUUAUUAUUUUAUAUACAUUUAAUAAAAAAACAAGCAAAAGCAACCUAUAUUAUAUAUUUGUUUUCUUAUUUAAACGACAAAAACUAACUAUCGAUUUUUUUUGUUUCUAUACAAUUUUGGCGCCAAUAAAGACAAUGAGCGAUAUUAAUGGUGAAUACGAACACAGAAACCAACACUGAGUAUAUAUAUACAUAUUGUAAAACGUCAGCUACCUUAAAAGUAAACAAAUAAAAACAUCAUCGACGUGCGCGUCGGUGUAGAAAUUUUCAAAAAAA